CCAUUCAUCCCCCCCCAUACCGGUACGAGCACACAUUCCAAUACAGACGACGCCUCCUCUUCUCUGCACGAACAUCCCUGGACAUUCCCAAUCCGAUUGCCGGCCUUUCUGUUUGAAACUCGAAACCCAAAAUCAUGGCUGGCCCGAACCAUCCCCACCACCAAUACGGAGGAGGAUACGGRAACAACACCAAUGACUCGUCGUCGUACAGCAUGCUGUUUUCUCCCGCYGCUUCGUCGCUGGCUUCGACGCCGGGAGGCGGGUACCCUAUGGGCCGCAACAGCAUGAACACCAACGCAACCGCGAACAUGCCUCCUCCAUCCGCAUACACACCCAGCAACCACAACCACAAUUAUCCACAGCAGCARCAACAAGAACUGGAACUGAACUGGGAUCCCACCCGGGUCAAAACCGAACUCCUCAAAGCCUCGGCCAUUCUGUCCCACCGGUGCCUGAAGCUCGCCGGGAAGUGGGCGGCGGAGCAGGUCACGGGGAUCCCGGUCGGAACCGCCRARUCCGUAGUGCCAGGGGAUGGGAACCACGGAGGCAACGGCAACCACGCUGGUGGCAACGAUGUGGACUUGUCGUUCACKACACACGACAACAGCCUCGAUGGCAACGAACACGACGACGAACUGUUCGGCGAAGAACCCUCCAACUUGUCCAUGCUGAACGAACUYGGAUCCAUGACCGCCGAGGACUGGCACGCCAAGUCCCUUUUUGAACUGGGCGAAUUCCUGCACGCGGCCUCGGUUCUGAGCAGCGAAAAACCGACAGUAUCCGAAAGCACAAAGCGAGACAACAACAUCAAUAGCAGCGUSAGGGACAUUACGCAAAUGGGGCCGCCCAAGGAAAACUUGUCGCCCUACGGGUUCUAUCUAAGGGCAUAUGCCCUGUACAUGGCGGGGGAACGGAGGAAGGAAGAAGACUACAGCGAACUCGAGGCCGCCAAUGCUUCGGCCGGAAAUCCCAACGAGGGUGGUGCCGGUGGCGCCGGAAAGUCCUCGGCCAUGGUCCUGUCGACCUCGAAAACCCGCGCCAAGAAUCCCUACCUGGCGCAGCUGGUCCGAGAGGUGUCCCGGGCCUACAGUAACAAUAACCGACAGGGCAUCGUAGACAACGAGGGCGGCAAGACAAACCACCAUUCGUCGCUGGACGCCUUUGGCCUCUACGUCUACGGAAUGCUACUCAAGGAGGCCCAGAAGGAGUCGAUUCCCUGUCCMCACCCACCCCACAUGGUUCUGGCCGAGAGCCUGCUGGAAUUUCCUCUGAACUGGAGCGCCUGGCUCGAUCUGUCGGAGGUUCUCGUGAGCGGGGGCAACGGGAACCACAACCAGCCAACCAACAACCACARCAAUCUCGAUGGAAGCAACCGGAUCGCCAACAUGGAGCAGCAGGUUGAGCAGGCYCUGCAGCCAACCCUUGCGACGCACUACAUGUACCACUUUUUCUGYGCCCACCUCAUGGCCCACCACCACAGCGCCCACGAGGAGGCACUGGUCCUCCUGGAGCGGCUCUACGAGCCCCUCCCGGACCAGCCCCUYUUCCAAAGCCCCCACGUCAAGACCCAGCUAGCCGUCGUGCACUACCACCUCCGGGAGCUCGAACAGGCACUGAUGUGGUUCCGGGAGACCUCUGCAGACGACCCCUACUCGCUGGACCACAGGGACGUGUACUCGAAUAUUCUGUACGUUAAGGAAGACAGGGUUAGUCUCUCUCAUCUGGCCCACGAGGCCGUCGUCAUCGACAAGUACCGCCCCGAGACCUGCUGCAUCGUGGGCAACUACUAUUCCCUYAAACAACAGCGGCACAAGGCCGUCCGGUACUUCCAGAGGGCCCUAAAGCUGGACCGGUCCUUCACGUCCGCAUGGACCCUCAUGGGCCACGAGUACGUCGAGCUGAAGCAAACCGAGCAGGCCAUGGAGUCCUACCGGAGGGCCGUCACGGUCUCCCCCAAGGACUAUCGGGCCUGGUACGGCCUAGGCCAGACCUACGAGUUCCUCAACAUGUACCUGUACGCCCUUUUUUACUACCGCAAGGCGGCCACCCUCCGGCCCUACGAUCCACGCAUGUGGUGCGCCGUCGGCCAGUGCUUUGCGGCCCUCCACAAGAUCCACGACGCCAUACGGGCCUACGAGCGGGCCAUUGCCCAGGAAGACAACGAGGGCAUCGCCACCCAGAAGCUAGCGGCCUUGUACCGGCAGGAACGCCGGGAGGAAGAGGCGGCCAAGUGCUACCUGCGACACCUCGAGCUGAGGUACAUGAUCACCUGCGCGGCUCCGGAACACGCCGGCAAUCCGCACGCGCACCAACAACMACACAAAUACGGGACCGGCGCUCCCACCCUGGACACCAUUGUGCAGGGGGUCGUCCUGGAAUCCGUUGAGGCCGAGGCCAUGCUUUUUUUGGCGGAAUACUUCAAGUCCAACGGAGCCUUUGACACGGCCGCCCUGCUGUGCAGCCGGCUGGUAGAAUACCCUGGCCCCGAAAAGGAGCAAGCGAAGAGCCUUCUCAAGGGGCUACGGUACAUGAGCAUGGGGAAGGGCAACCAGAAGUAGGAGAGGUGCUACUAUACAAUCUAAGGGGCAGCGUGUCAUAUUGCAUCGUGGACCGUUCAGUCUAGGAAGCGAGAAAAGGCUCAUCAAUCUGGUGACAGCAAUCAUCGAAAAUAAUMACAGUACUAGUGC